AUGGAAUGAAUCCGCAUUAAGAGUCCGAGUCAUACGGCUUCAUGAACGACUCUUACGUUCCUACUGCGGCGUCGUUGUUGGACGAGUGCUAAGGCGUGUGAGAGAGGGAGUGUAGUCGUGGUACGUUCAUAAAGAUCCACGAGGUAUAGUAAUCUGUAUCACAAUGGGAAGAGAGCGAGAACGUGAAAGGGAACGGGAUCGUGAACGGUACCACCGACAUAGGUCUCACUCGCGGGAAAGAGAGCCAGGCAGGCGUGAUAGAGAUCGUGAACGUGAGAGAAGAGACCGUAGGUCUCGCUCAAGGUCGCGUUCAAGAUCACGGUCACCUCGAGGUUCUCAUCGCAGAUCUCCUGUUUAUAUGGCAGGGCCAUCCGGAAGACACGAUGAAUCUCCACCACAAGAAUUAACAGCGGAGGAGAAACAGAUGCGAGAGGUGCUGGGCUUUGCAUCCUUCCACUCAACCAAAGGUACUCAGCAGAUUGAUGUUUGGGGUGCAACCUGUGCAGAUGGAAAGAAGAGAGAGGAUUUACCAGAUUUUGAAGAUUUUCAAAAAUGGGUAGAAAAUAAGAGAGAGAUUGUACAUGAACAAAAGCAGAAAGAAUUUGAAGAAAGAAAAUCUGCUUUUCGCAGGGAUUUUGACUCUAGGAACAAUAGAGAUGGAGGGCGUGGCGGUUGGGGUGGUAGGGGCAGGGACAGAGGGAGAGGAUAUGGUCGAGAUGACAGAGGAAAUUCUGGGCGAGAUGACAGAGGAGGUGGUUCUAGUCGAGAAGACAGAGGUGGUGGCUAUGGCCGAGAUGAACGAAGUAGUUAUGGUCGUGAUGACCGAGGCGGCUUCGGUCGCGAUGACCGAGGAGGGUCAGGUCGAGAUGACAGGGGCAGUGGCUAUGGUAGAGAUGACAAAGAUGGAGGCGGCUAUGGUAGGGAAGACAGAGGUGGCUUUGGUCGGGAAGACAAAGGCAAUUAUGGACGAGAUGAUAGAGGUGGUGGAAGCAGUGGUGGUGGUGCCUAUGGUCGAGAUGAUGGAGGAGGAAAUCGAGGAUAUGAAAGGGAGAGAGAAGAUUAUUCACGUUCAUCUAGAAGGCAAGAUGACCAAUCACCAGACGCAUAUUCAAGCCGAGAAUAUCCUCGUGGAAACAGGGAGCCAAGCUUCAGUCGUGACUCUUAUUAAACAGAGAUAUGUUUACUAUUAAAAAGGAAAAUGAUUUGUCAACUAUGAAGGUUAUGAAUGAACAGAAAACUUCAAGAUUCUGCAAGAUAACUGCUCUCCUUAGAGGGUAAUUGCAUAUUUAACACCUACUACUAAUUGUAUACUUAUAUUCAUGGGUGUAGUUUAUAGAAAAGGAUUGUUUUAUUAGAUAAUUACUGUAUCGAAAGAGUACAAAAUAGAUAUUGUACUAUUUACCAGUUGAGAUUUUGAUAUAAUUGUAAAUAAACCAGUUAAUGUAAUUAAAUCAGUCAAAUUAAGGUUUAGGAUGCCAAUAAGGGGUGCAAUAGUAGGUGCAUAAUGCUUGGCAUUUGCAGUCCACGAGGUGUGGGCUCAGUCUUGUGGUCAAGAGAAGGUUGAUACAUCACUAUCAUCUGUGAUGUUUGUAGAGACUGUAACUUUGUUGAACUGGGCUAGGCAGUCUUUGUCUCAAGGAUAUCUUUAAGAGUAUGUGGGAUGUCCUUUUAUUUUUUCUCUCAUGAGUAUAGUACAUUAAAUGUCAAUGCUGAUCUUGAAAUAUUUAGAUUUAUGAUGUACAGGUACUAUAUCAAAUUCUGUAUUGGUCUAUUUUUGUCUUGCACUUGUCUUCAAGUAGGGGAAGACAAUUUACAUUCUAAAAUAAACAGUGAACAGUAUUUCAUUAUUUUCUUUGAGUUCUGGAGUAAAAAUUAUUGUAAUGUGUACUGAAGUUCUUUGGCAAUAUUAUGCAGUUCCUCCAUAUUGCUUAAUUAUAAUCAUCACUUGGCACACAAUUUGUCUAUUGGUGAAGUGAUGCAUUUACAAUUUAAGUUGCAUAUUAAGCCAUUAUUUUAAUACUAAUUUGGUGUAAUGGUGUAGCUCAUCAUAAGGGUUAUCGCAAUAUCAAGCAAGGUACAAAGUAAUCUCCGGGCUGAUGGACACGAAGCUUAUAAGACUCAAGUUGCAAAUUCCUUAUUUAAAGAUCAGUAGUUAUUUGAACUGAGAAGUGAUUAUGAUUAUGCUUUGUCAGUUUUAGCAUUCCCCUACAAAGAUAGUUAUUUGAAUAACAAUCUGGCUACUUCAUUAUUAGUACUCAAGCUAACUCUUAAAUGUUAAUUUUAUGUUUGCAUUCUCUUUGUAUUUGGCACUUUGGCCACAAGUUUGUUUACUUGGAAUGUAAAAAAAUAUUACAAUAAAUAGAAAUAGUA